UCGCGGGGUUUGUUGUUUUCUCUCCCGUCCCCGAAGACGGACGGAAGAAGCUGCUAAACUGAUGGGGCUGGCGGACACCGGAGGCAAGGAAAUCGGAGGCCUCAGAUCAACGGCAUAAAUGGAUCAAAAACACUGCGAAUUCCCGCCUAAAACAAAAUUCAUCGCCGAUUAGUAUUCGACUGCAGCUAUGUUAGAUAUGUUUUAUAACUUGAUUAAUGUAAACAAUUUGCAUUUUCAUUCAUGCUGUUUUGUUAUGGAAAAACAUUAGUAUAAAUUUGGAGGAGAUAUGGAUAAAACUAAUAGCCUGCAAAGAAGUGUUUCUGGAGGGGUUCAAAAUGUUCUCGAGUAUCUUAAGCGGAUGAAAUCCGAAAGUCCAGCAUUCUUUUAUGCUACUCAAGGAGAUAUUGAACACUGUAAUGGAAAUUUAUUUUGGGCUGAUGGAAAUGCUCGGAUGAACUACAGCGACUUUGGUGAUACAGUGAAGUUGGAUACAUCUUAUAGGAAGAAUGGAUUUCGGGUUCCGUUUGCUACAUUUACUGGCUUAAAUCAUCAUGCUCAACCUGUUCUCUUUGGAUGUGCCUUGCUUUUUGACGAAUCGAAAACAUCAUUUAUCUGGCUUCUCCAGACUUGGCUUCAGGCAAUGUCGUCUCGUAUCCCGCUCUCCAUAACUACUGAGGCUGAUCGUCACAUACAGAUGGCUGUGUCUCAAGUUCUUCCAAAUGCAUGCCAUCGUCUCUGUAGACAGAGCAUAAUUAGAGAGACCAAACAGAAUUUGUCUCAUGUAUACCAGAGGCAUCCCUCUUUUGAAAUUGAAUUUAACCGGUGCAUCCAUGAAGUGGACACGGCUGAUGAAUUUGAAUCACAGUGGAGAUCACUUGUGUCAAGAUAUUACCUCAUGGACAAUGAAUGGCUUCAUUCGAUGUACAAUGCUCGUCAUCGUUGGGUUCCUGUCUACUUGCGUGACCCAUUUUUUGGGGAGUUCUUUGCUGGCGAGGAGGAUGGUGAUGAAAAUGCUAUGAACUCUUUCUUUGAUGGAUUUUUGAAUGCUUCCACUACCAUUGAUAUGUUGACUAAAGUGUGUGAAAAAGGUAUUGCUAGCUGGCGUGAAAAGGAACUCAAGGCAGAUUUUGACACUAAGAAUAACACUCCAAUCCUAAAGACACCAUCUCCGAUGGAAAAACAGGCAGCUGAUCUUUAUACUAGGAGGGUUUUCUUGAAAUUCCAAGCAGAAUUGGUAGAGAGCCUUGCUAACCUUGCUACUAAGAUAGAUUGUUCUGGAGAUACCACGAUUUAUCGUGUUGCCAAAUUUGGUGAAGAGCGCAAAGCACACAUCGUAAAGUUUAAUGGCGUAGAGAUGAGAGCGAAUUGUAGCUGUCUAUUGUUUGAAUUUUCAGGCAUUCUUUGUAGGCAUGUAUUAUCAGUUUUCAGAGCAAAAAAUGUUCUAUCACUUCCUUCCCAAUACAUCUCGAAACGUUGGACGCGGGAUGCAAGGAGUAGCGGUGAGGUCCUCCCAGACGAACAUCCCAUGGAAUUGCCAAACAGUUCUCAAGAUUCUUUCAAUGUGCGUUAUAGUAAUUUACGUCAAGAAGCAAUGAAAUUUGUAGAAGAAGGUGCAAAAUCUAUUCAUGUUUAUAAUGUUGCAAUAAAUGCUUUAAAAGAGGCCGCAAAAAGAGUUUCAACUUCAAAGAAGCAAUGGAUUGAGGAAGCUCGGUCGACCAAUUUAGCAAAUGGAAAUCCUGAUGAGCAAGCAAGAGCUGAAAAUCAAGCAGCGGAUUCACUGCUGAGUGAGAAGCAAAGGAAAAUCCACGAGUUGACAACUGAGUUAGAGAGCAUAAAUGGGCGAUGUGAAGUAUACCGCUCAAAUCUGCUUGCUGUUCUGAAAGAUAUGGACGAUCAGAAGUUAAAGCUGUCAGUUAAAGUCCAAAAUGCUCGGCUUAACUUAAAAGAAUGACCUGGUAUUGUUAUCUGUAUCCAGUGUUCCCAGGACACAUCAUUCCUCUCUAGAACGAACAAAAUGUGGUAGAUUUUUCCUAUUUCUUUGCUACGCGCAGUGGUGUUCUUAUUCAGAAGCACUACAUUAGAAUGCCAUUGGUAAGGCUAAGUUAAAUAAAGCAGUUUGGAUGGAGGAUUAUAUUCUAAAGACAAUUAUUUAUACUCUGAUUACUCUCCAAGUUUCCAACUGCUAAGGGCAUUCAGGAUGAGGACCUCAAACAUUUCUAAUGACAUUGACUUUAGGGUGAGAAUGUGAUUUUGUGCAAUAUGCUGGAAUUCACUUCACGACUGAACUGGUUUAUUUAUAUUUCAACCUCACACCAGUCCAAGCAGUUAUGAGCGGUCACGUCUAAAUGUGUUGAAUGGUUUUGAUUUCCAACUUAUCCUUAAGCCAUCGGCAUUUUCACCUCUACUGAAUAUGAACAAGAGCGUCAUCACUGAUCAUUGGUGGAUCUACAGCUUGGGGGGUGGGGGGGGGAGGGGGUCAUUGGUUCUUGUGCCAUUUCCGACUCGUUGUUGUCAAUUCAGCUGAGCUAUUGACCAGUUGCUGUGGGGGAAAUUAUAUUUUGGAUCUGCCAAUGCCGCUUAAAACUUUCAGCUUUGCAUUAUCGACCGAAUCUAUCCAUUGCUCUUUGCCGGGCAGUCUCCGUUUCACCACUUUUCACUGGAUUUCACUUCAGAUGCCAGCGUGGAAUCGUCCGAUGCAUUACAAUUUGUACUACAUUGCCAUUCCCGAGCUCUCAGCAACAAACAAGGCAGAGGUCAUAGUAACAGUCGUCCGAAGCCAGACUCUUUGAAAAUCGUGAGUACUCAUGUGUUGCAGUUUGAUUCUUCCUUCAUAGGCCUUUCUACAUAUAUAGUCAAUUGCAAUGUAGGAGAUUGGAAAAAAAACUCAAUAUAACUGUGAAGUAUGAACUUCUUCACUUUCUAUUUUCAAGUAUGGGUAAGGUCUGUGUAUCCACUCCACUCUCCCCUGACCUUGUUGUCGUGUGAGAUUUUGCCAGGUUUGUUCUUGUUAUUGUAAUCUUUGUGACGAGUUUUAAUGACAAAAGAAUAUUCUAACUCAUAACUAGGAGGGUAUGAAAUUGUGUUACAUGUAAUAAUCUAUGGGACUAUAC